AUCCUUCCAUACUUUUUUCUCCUUUCCCUUGUGUUAUUUAUCUUGUGCAACUGCAAUGGCCUCGGGUUCGAGCUGGACGCCAAAGCAAAACAAGUUGUUCGAGAAUGCUUUAGUUUCGUAUGACAAGGACACUCCGGACCGCUGGCACAACCUGGCCAGGGCAGUCGGAGGUAAAACCGUGGAGGAAGUGAAGAUACAUUACCAGAAUCUUGUCGAAGACCUCAAGCAGAUUGAGUCUGGCCAUGUUCCCUUACCCCCUUACAAGAAAUUAGGCGGAGGGAACAAAGCUUACAAUUACAUGAAUGACGAACAAAGGAUGUGGAAUCUGAGGCUUUAAGUGGAAUAUGAGCCAUAUAUAACUGGAGCCGUUAAUAAAGAAAAUGCAACUAGCUAGUACGGUGCAGCAAGCAAUCGCUAUUAUUUUGUUUUCAAUGUGUAUCUUAGCGUCGUGAUCACAGUUGUGUCUUCAUCCUAUACUUGUUUUAUACUACAUGUGCUUCCUUAUGUGUACCUAUCAAGCAUCUCGUAGCGCUGAUGCAUUACUAAAAGAUUCCUCUUAUGCAUCUGUUUUUAAUGAAUA